AUGCAUUUCUUCCCCAAGGCAGAUGUCGCGCUUCUCUCUUCAACUGUCGAUAAACACUCCCUCCCUCCGCGUCCAAAGGCGAUCGGCCCCAUCUUCGAUGCCAACAACUUCAAGGUCCCGAUAGAGCCGUGGACUUCCGACGACCAUUCGUCCUUCUACCCUCCGAAGCCAGAUCCGUGCGACCCGUCAUCGAUACCGCCGGAAGCGCAGUAUGCGUCGUCUUCGAAAUAUGUUCGAUCGCGUUUGGCAAAGAAUGAAAGGCUGAGGCUGUCUAUGCUCUGGUAUUAUGCGAGGGAUUUAGACAACGAGCCUGAACUCCUCGCGGGUCUGCAGGAGAAGGCAUGUCUUGCGCAAGAGUCGUCGGGCUGGGAGUAUGCUGUUGUUGGUGUGCUGGACGUCAAUGUUUACAUUCGUCUGGCCACGGACUGGAGAUUUCGCGAAUCGCCAUACGUCGAACACGGUGGACUCGUCGCAUAUGCCGGUGUCCCGCUCCGGAUGCAGCACGAGUCAGGUGAAUGCGUCGGACUGGGCUCGCUAUGUGUAGCGUCAGCGACAGGUCGAGAUCCGUUAUCCAAGACACAGCAGCUUGCACUAGCUCGAUUAGCCGACUGGAUCGUUCACGAUAUAAUACAAUGUGCACGCGCACGACGCCAACGAGAACGUCACCGAUUUGUCGAGCUCAUCGCAGCAGUCCAACAAGAACCUGACGGCGAAGAUGUCCAAGAACCUAUUCUCCGAGUACUCCGACAAGCCUUCCCCGACGAGUCAAUUAGUUUGCAGUCUACAGGCACCGAUCAAUCGACGGUCCCCUACCCCGCGACGACCUCAGAUUUAAAGCACGGAUUGUGGGAGGAUGACGAAUACAUCGAGGAUUUCAUCGCCAACUCCAAUUUCGACGAGCCACCGAAAGAUCGAGUAGUACGCUUCAUCUCAGCACAAUGCGAAACGAAACUCGGUCCAUCGGUCCUCGUCGUCGCGACAAAGGAUUUCCGCAGAAUAUUUGACGACGUCGACUCCUGGUUUGUGCACACCUGCGCUACCAUGCUCACCCAGCGAUGGCAGAAACGUCUCCUCACAGAAGUAAUGCGAGCCAAAGAGAAGUUCCUUCGCGGUGUAUCGCACCAGCUCCGAACCCCAAUCCACGGUAUCCUCGGCGCCGCAGAGCUAUUGACGGAGGAUCUAAGGGCCUUGACAGUGCCUGGAAGUUCAACGUUGAAGCCUGGCGUGGAGGCUAUAAUGAAGCCGCUUGCUGAGCUGGGAAAGUCGUCUAUCUACCUCGACACAAUCUCUACAGCGGGUAGAGAGCUCAUGUCUACCGUCAACAAUAUGAUCACCCUCAACCGCUGGGCUGAUAUCGCUGCUUCCGAGCGACAAUAUGCUACCCACAGCAUCGAGACUAUGGAAACAUCACUCGUCAAGGCAUUGGCCGACUUUACCUUCAGGGACACACGCACACGAGCCCCCGUCUUCUUCCAUCACAACCUUAAUUCCGAAAGCAAAGGCCUUCGAAUCGACAUCAACCUCUUCCGAGACAGUAUACUUCCUCUGAUCGUAAACGCUUUGCAAAACACGACCGAAGGAGUAGUGACCGUCACACAGUCCUAUACACAAGAUACAAAAACUCUCGUAGUAGAUGUUGAAGAUACAGGCUGCGGUAUUCCUGCUGAGGAUCAAGGUCGAAUUUUCGAUUUGUACGAGAAGGUGGGCGAGCACUCGACUGGCGCUGGGCUUGGCUUGACCCUUGCGACCAAGUUCUCAGCACUGCUUCACGGCUCGGUCGAAUUGGUGUCGUCUCAAGUCGAUCGCGGUUCUCACUUUCGCGCGACAUUCCGUGACAUUCGUCCUUCUAGUACUCCUCCCACCGAAACAACAACCUUGCAGCUCAAACACUUGCCAUUGAGUUACCGGUACCUUCCAUCCGAUUCACCCAACGCGCACUUAUCCUCGAACCUAACGAAAUACCUGGCCCGAAACGGCUUUACAUCAUCGAACGACCCGCAAAAUUGUCUCAAUAUCAUUGACUAUGUACGCGAUCCGACCGAACGAGAGAAAUAUCAUUCAACAAUACCGAAGGGACAGGUUGCUAUCUGUCUGGUCACCAACUCGGAUGAACCAGACGUUCCCGAAUCAUGUACCAAUAUCGUCUUCGUCGACGGACCUUUCUCGUCGUCUGCACUCGACUCUGCACUCCAGAAAGCAGAUGAACUACUAGCACGACUACGCACAUCAACAAGAACAUCCCCACAGCCAUCUCCCGCACCCCUCGAAGAUCCAAAAUCCCUCCUCUCACCUCCCGACCCAACAACCGAGAGCGAUCAAAAGUCCACGUCAGACGAAGGCUACGAUUCCGUCACCGGCUCAUCAGUCGCUGUACGAACAACCGAAGCACUUCUAAACGACUCCGUCGCGAAAGCCGUAUCCCAAAUCGAAGCAGCAACAAUAGACCUCCCUAUCCGCCCGCUCAUCCCUCCCGCAACCUCAAAGCCCAUGACCCUCAUCGUCGACGACAACGCAGUGAACCUCCGCAUCCUAGAAAUGUACUGCAAGAAGCGCGGGCUUCCCUACCUAAGCGCCAUAGACGGGCACCAGGCAGUCGAGCUGUUCAAGAAGCAGCAGACGUCGUCGCCCAUCGACCUCAUCCUCAUGGAUCUCCAGAUGCCGGUGUGCGACGGGAUUAGCGCUACGCGGCAGAUCAGGGCGCUGGAGAAGACGAGCAAGGCAGUGCUGUUUAUUGUGACGGGGCAGGAUAGCCAGACGGACAGGGAGGCGGCGAGCAAGGCGGGUGCGGAUAAUUAUCUCGUCAAGCCGGUGGGGAUACGGAUGCUGGAUAGUAGUCUUAAGAGGUAUUUCCCGGAUCUGGUGACGAGCUAG